AUGGGCUCACUGUACGUACAAGCUGCAGAGGACAAGGCUCUUACUAGUGGGGCAAAGCCCGUUGCUAACCCGCAGACCAGCACGGGAAUGCCACCGUCUAUCGACUCUGCCUUGGAUACGCAGGACCUUGCCAACGAGCAACGGGGCCUCCUCGAUCUCGUUGACAAGCUCCAAUUUGCACAGCUCGACAAUGUCAAGCUUCCUCAGAUCGUCGUGGUCGGCGACCAGUCCGCGGGCAAGAGCUCCGUGCUGGAGGCUAUCACUGGCACACCAUUCCCCCGCGAUGCUGGCGCCUGCACACGAUUUGCGAGCGAGAUCAGGCUUCGGCGGUCCAACGAGUCAAGUCUCACUGUAACUAUCAUUCCCGACAAGAAUCGUCCUUUCAGGGACCAAGAGAAGCUGCGCCAGUUCGGCGGCGGCGUGGACGCCAAUACCCCCUUUGAUACCCUCAUGAGGUAUGCAGUCGACCUGAUAGCUCCCAAAAACAUCCCUGGAAGAUUUGCCGCCCGGGAUAUCCUGGUUGUGGAAAAGCGAGGGCCGGAUAUGCCUCUGCUUACCUUGGUCGAUCUGCCCGGUCUCGUCAAGAAUGCCAACAAUGAUCAGUCGCUUGAGGACAUCAAGACGAUCGAGUCCCUCUGUGAUCGGUACAUGAAGAGCUCAAGGACUAUCAUUCUGGCCGUUGUUGGAGGCAACUCGGACUAUGUCCAAGCCCCCAUCCUGACGAAAGCAAGACAAUUUGAUCCCACGGGCGCACGAACCAUCGGUGUGUUGACAAAGCCCGAUUUGACCGAAUCAAUUGGACUUGAGGACAAGUUCAUCGACCUUGUCAACAAUAAAGACAAGGCCAACAUUUUCAAGCUGGGCUGGUAUGUCUUGCUCAAUCCGGGACCUCGUGAGCCGAACCAGCCAUGGCCGACCGCCUUCGAGAGAAGGCAGCGCGAAGAGGAGUUCUUCGGCCGAGGCAAGUGGCGUGCACUGCCCGAGUCUAUGUGUGGCGCAACUGCCCUGAAGCAGAAGCUCAGCGUCCAGUUGCAGCGGCACAUUGGGAAACACGUCAAGACCCUGCGCAAGCAGAUCCAGAAGGCGCUCGAUGACUGCGAGGCCGAGCUGAAGUCGCUUGGCACCGGCAAAGAUACUCCUGAAGAGAUGCGCGUCGAGCUAGUCGAACUCUUUUCGUCCUCCAAGGAGCUUGUCAUCCCGGCCGUCUACGGCUUCUACAAGAACCCACCCCGCAAGAAUUUCUUCCGUGUGACGGCUGAUCCAAGAGGCACACCGGCGCAGAACCUGCGCGCUCGUGCCGCUGAGGAGAAUGACCGAUUUGCUCACCGCAUCCGCCAGCAUGGUCGCAAAUUCGGUUUUGCAUCCGGACCGAACGGUCGCUCGCAAGAUGGCGCGGACAUGGGAGAUGCUGGCAAGAGCAAGUAUGUGCGCCAGGAAGUCCAGGCGCUCCUCCAACAAGUUCGGGGAUCUGAGUUCCCCGGUGAUGCUAAGCCGCGAGCCGUUUAUAUGCUCUUCCAAAAUUAUUCGGAGAACUGGCCAACGCUUGCGCAGGAACACAAGGACAAUCUUGGCGUCGUCUGCAAUGAGUUCUUGAGCGAACUAAUUGACUACGCGUGGCCGAAGCGCAUGCAUGAGCCCCUGAGGAGGCACUUCCUUGACCCACAGAUGAAGGGUCUCAUGGAAAAGGCGCAGAAGGAGCUGGAUCUGCUCGUCCAGGACAUGCACCUUGAAGUCCAGCCGUAUGACCCCGAGUACGAAGAGCGACUGAAGCAGUGGCAUGUCAACGUCACUCAAGACGGAGGCUCCUACUCUGAAGCGCAGGAGGUCCUCGAGAAGAUGCUGAUCUACUACGAAUUAUCGGCCAAGAGCUUCAUUCGCAAUAUCAUCACUCAGGUAGUCGAAAGACAUUUGCUCCAGGGCAUGUAUGGCGUCUUCAACUCAGUUGAGAUCCUCGGCAUGACAAAUGAGACUGUUGAGGCCAUCGCUGCCGAGAAUAAGCAGACAAGAGACAAGAGGAUGACUCUCAAGGCACAGAAGAAGGCUAUCGAGGAAGCGAAGGAUAUAUGUGCUAACCUUGCUAUGCGCAAGGAGCUCAGAAUGUAUGCCGAUGAGGGGGACAAUGAUGAGGAGACUUCAGACGAGGAAGGCAUGAGCAGGCAGGGAUCAAGGUCCCCAACGACCCCAAAACCACCAACCUCAAGCAAUGGGCCAUCGCUCAGUCAGUCAAGCAGACGUCAACAGCGCUCUUCCCGCCAGUCCUAUGAGGAACCCCCUCAAGCCUCGCCAUCGCGACCAGAGGCCCCAAGCGCUGCCGUUCACGGUGCCAACUACAUUCCCUCAGGGCAGGGCAGUGAGCAGAACUACGCUGCCUCCACACCGCGGGUAGUCAACGACCCGUCGGAGGGCUACUACACGCAGAACAGAGCCCCGACCUCGGCGCCGCCUCCGCCGCCGCGACCUGACAAGGUCCGCACCGCCGAGUCCUUCGACUCAUACUCCACCACUCCGGACGCGCAAUUACAUCGUGAGCAGCGCCCCACCGCCCAGUCCGGCCCGGAACAGUACUACAAUCCUGCGUCGAGGGCCGGCUCUAGUGGAUAUUCUCUAACAGCACAGCAGCUUCGCGAGGCACGGGAGUCGACCCGAGUGAAUACGCCCAGUCAGCAGCGCGUAAGCAUCCGAUAA